AUUCUUGCCGCCCGCUCGCAGCGGCGGCUAUCGAUCCACACCCCCUAAGUCUGCGAGUCGGGGGCAGUAGGUAGUAGUGAGUCGGGCAUCGAUUGAGCGCGUGGUGGUUUCAGUGGUGCAGCAGGAUGGACAUCAACGGCGAUUACCAAUAUUCGGGAUCCGGUGGGCCCCAACAACCCCCCAGUCGGCCCAUGGUGGAUCCCGAAGACUUGGGAGACGUCGACCCUGAAAAGUAUGGAGCACCGAAGGAAGCAACGCACAAAAUCCGCGGCAAGUCUGACCUGCUGGAGAUGCUCUUCGGUGGUGCUGUUGACCAAGAGCUGCUCGUUGUCAAAAGUUUCUACUUUUGCUUUUAUUCCGCGUUCGGUUCGUUGUUUCCAUUGAUGGGGGUGUACUUUAAGCAGAUGGGCAUGAAUGCCGGUCAGUGCGGUUUCCUGGUUGGUUGUCGGCCGUUUGUGGAGUUUCUAUCCGCGCCAUUUUGGGGUUCAUUAGCCGAUCGGUAUCAAAAGGGAAAGCUGCUGCUGUUGGCUUCCUUGGCAGCGUGGAUCAUUUUUACUGUUCCAUUGGGGUCUAUUCAACCGCCGGCCACCUCCUGCAUUGAAGUCAAGAACGACAGCUACGUCUUGACCACUCCGGAUGUCACCGCCAAGUUCUUGACAAAGAGAUCUAUUCAGGAACCAAACAAAUAUGAUCCACAGUUUAUUGCCCACACACGCAUUCCCCGAGCGGCACGUCCGAGAUUAAGCGCCGGACAGUCGCCUAUCAAUGUCAACUACGCCGCCAACUAUAAAGAGCAUGAACAUGAAAGCUGGGUCAAGCCUAUUAUAUCCUCCAUAGUUUAUCGGACCCAAGAUAUUCAAAAAGCUUUCUUCCUUUUGCUGCUGCUCGUAAUUAUUGGAGAGUUUUUCAGCGCGCCUGCUAUCACUCUGGCUGACUCGGCAGUGAUAACAUUGUUGGGUGAAGAUGCUGACCGGUACGGACAUCAACGAAUGUUUGGUUCACUUGGUUGGGGAUUGGCUAUGUUCUUUGUUGGUAUUGCUCUGGAUCACUCCACAGCUUUCCCCAAUCAUCCAUGUGGACCCGAUAAGAAAGAAAAGAACUACACGAUUUGUUUCGCCACAUUUUCGGUCCUAAUGGGAGCUGCGUUGAUUACCGCAACACAAAUCAACUUUAAGUACGACACUGAUCAACCCCCAAGACCCAUCAAUGAGGAAGCUCCCCAAGAAGCAGCUUUGAGUAGAGAGGAUCAAAUGCAGGAGCAGCUCGCGCAACAACUCAACCUGCCUUCGUUGGCGGAUACCAGGGCUACUGGUGCAGCCCAACCGCCGCAGGAGGCCAAGUCCAAGAUAUUUGCUCAAACUAAUCGCGAGCUGCCUGAGUGGGUAACUGUGAUGGCGCAGUUCAAGGAUUUGAAAUGCGCUUCCUUCCUGUUUGUUGCCUGGUGGAUGGGUUUCGGAAUUGGAAUGAUUUUCACCUUCCUCUUCUGGCAUCUUCAAGACUAUGGUGGAUCCCCCACUCUAUUUGGAGUUGCAUCCGUGAUUAACCACGUGUCGGAAAUUUUCGCUUACUUUUUCAGUUUCCGUCUUAUUCGUCAGAUGGGACACGUAAAAGUUCUCUGUGUUGGUUUGAUUGGUAACACGCUGCGUUUCCUCUACAUCUCGUGGCUGUCAAACCCCUGGUGGGUGCUUCCCUUUGAGUUCAUGCAGGGCAUUACCCACGCCGCCGUCUGGGCUGCCUGCUGCUCCUACAUCGCGCACAACACUCCGCAACAAUUACGCUCGUCAGCGCAAGGUGUUCUCCAAGGGAUCCAUCAUGGUUUGGGACGAGGAUGCGGCGCGGUCAUUGGAGGGCUUUUUGUUAACGCGUUUGGUUCAACCGCGACGUUCCGUGGAUAUGGGUUAAUGUGUCUAGUCGUGCUCGGCGCAUUCGUUUUUAUCAACUUUUAUCGCGUGGAUCAAGGCUUUGUCUCCGAAAUACCCACUACUGAGGAUCCACGUCAGAUGGCCGAGGAGACUGCUCAUCUUGCUCCACAUGGCGUACCAAGUAAUCCAAUCCCACGCGCGUUGUCAAGCAGCAAGUUGCAUGAAAUGGCUCAGGAUAGCUAUGGUGCUACUUAUCAAACUGGCGCAGGUGGUACGCUUGAUAUUCCCGGAGGUGCCGGCUCUAAUCCAUUCACAGCUCCGCAACAAACCUCCAAUGGCAAUCAGUUCUCGGGAUUUCAAAUGAGAAACUAAAUAAUUGCAAGCGGGUAAGUUUUGGUUUUGAUUAGAAGCGCGUAACCUUACUCUAGAAUCGAAACAUACAGCAAACGAAACACAGAAACACAUCCAGCUAUCAUCAGAAAGAAAAAUCUAAAUCUUAACAGGUUCCUGAUAAAUAUACAAGUAUUUACAUCGCACGUAAAACUCCAACAAAUACAUAUCGCGCAAGGACUUUCAUUAAAUAUAGACGAUAGAGAAUUUUAUUACAAACCGAAACAAAAAUGAAGAUAUUUUUUAGAAUCAUUGUUACAUCUGGUUUAUGGUCAUUUACACAAAAAUGUCGGAUAUUUACCAGGAACACUUCAACAUAAUAUCGAAAUAUCACAAGUUACAAAUCGUAUUUUACUAUCAGAAAAUUUGAAAACAUUUAUCGAUGUUUAAUCUAUGCAAGUCAAGCGAAAAAUAUCAUUCCAGGCUUCCAAGAAACAAAAAAAGUAUUGAACAUAUUGAACAUAUUGAACAAUCUUUAAAGUUACAAACGCGUUAAGCGCUUAAUAUCAUAAUGAUAAAUGGGAAUAAACUAUCAGAAGGAGUAACCUUGUAAUUCUUGUACAAAAAUAUACUUGUUAUACAAACGAGACUUCCUACAAGUCCGCACUCGAUUGAAUGUUGAAUUUUGAAUUUUUCAAAAGAUACCAACAGUAACAUCUACUAUAUAAAUAUAUACAUAAAUAAAUUAAAACUAUCUUGUUAAGUUUACUUUCUCGUAACGUGGUACUGUUAUCUUGUAGACGUGUAGAUAGGCAAUUUUAGUUAUGUUGCUUGGAUCGCCCUAGCAACAUAUUCGAGUAACAUUCUAACACUUUUCGGUUGCUUUCCAAAACAACAACAACAAACAACUCUUCGUUCGCGAUACGUCCAACUUGCUAAACGAGUCUUUAGUGAUUGAAAGAAAACGAAUAUCACGAGAAUUGAAACAAAACACACCACUAAAUAAUCGAUACAUAUCUGGUUGAAGAAUCGAGAGAUUUAAAUGACAUAUUUAUUAUUAUUGUAAGAAAUGAAUGAUAUCAACAUAUACUGUUAUAUUAUAAAUUUAAAUAAUUCUACAUCAUUGUACGUUCGUAUUUUAAGUGCGGAUAGGCUUAACGUACUUUAGUUGACGACUUGACGUCUUAAUUCGUAAGAUACAAACGUAAUUGGAGUACCAGUACAGUAAUCGUGUAAGUGAAAGACGUCGGGAGGAGAAAUGAUGAUUUGCGAACACAAUGUGUAAUUAACACUCUGUAUGAGCACUCAUAAUAUUAACAAUGACAUGUAAAACUAUGUAUAUGUUUAAAUAUAGAAGCACUAUGAUGUUAAAA